AUGGAGGGUAUGUUUAGGGACUUGUUGGUUGCCGAGCAAAUAAAAGAAGAAUUUGAGAGAUAUAAACUACAAUUAAAACAAAACAACAACAGCAGCAUCAGCAGCAGCAGCGCCAGCAGCAGCAGCUGCUACUGGCGUAGCGAGGAGGAAGCAGCAGCAGCAGCAGCAGCAGCAGCAGCAGCAGCAGCAGCAAACCCAAAUCCUUUAUAUGGGGUGUAUGUACACCAGGAUGGGGGAUUAGCAGCAGCAGGAGCAGCAGCAGCAGCAGCAGAAGCAGCAGCAGUAGAAGCAGCAGGACUGCCUCCAGCAGUACCCACAGCAGCAGCAGCAGCAGCAGCAGCAGCAGCAGCAGCAGCAGAAGGAGUUAGCGACAUGUCAGUAUUGAUGCCAUCUAGUUGUUCUUCUUUCAAUACAACAGCAGCAGCAGCAGCAGCAGCAACAACAGCAGCAGCAGCAGCAGCAGCAGGCCCUCUCCCUCCUCCCCCUCCCCCCCCAUCAUCAGCAACAGCAACAGCAGCAGCAACAGCAGCAGCAGCAGCAGCAGCAGCAGCAGGAUCUCAUGCGGUUCCGCAGCAAAACAAACAGCAGCAGCAGCAGCAGCAGCAGCAGCAGCAGCAGCAGCAACAGCAGCAGCAGCAGCAGCAGUAA